AUGUUUGGAUUUGGAGGAUGGGUUCGAGUCUUUUUUGGGACUCUUGCCUUGCUUCAAUCUAUACGAGCCGAUGACGAUCGAUGCCGUGAUCGGUCUUGUUAUCCGGUGACAGGGAAUUUGUUGAUCGGACGAAAACAGCAACUCUCAACCACAUCAACUUGUGGAUUGACGGGAAGACAACGAUUUUGUAUCGUUUCCCAUUUGGAGGACUCGACGAAAUGUUUCUAUUGUGAUUCGCGGCAACCGUGGAGUCCGAACAGAGAUCCGGGAAGGAUGUCACACAGAGUCGAAAACGUAGUCACUGAGGCUUUCGAGGACAAGACGAGGAGCUGGUGGCAAUCCGAGAAUGGACAACAAAAUGUCUCGAUUCGUUUGGAUCUUGAAGCUGAAUUCCAUUUCACUCAUUUGAUCAUGACGUUUAAAUCAUUUCGCCCAGCCGCAAUGAUCAUCGAACGAUCGGCCGAUUUCGGGAAAACUUGGCUUCCAUAUCGCUAUUUUGCCUACGAUUGUGCGAACACAUACCCCGAUGUUGUUGAGGGAAAUCCGACAAAGCACGCUGAUGUCAUUUGCACGAGUCAAUACAGUGAUGUUUCACCGUCAACCGGUGGAGAGAUCGUCUACAAAGUGCUCUCCCCGCAUAUUCACACCGAUGAUCCGUACUCCCAAGAGACUUCUCAACUUUUAAAAAUUACAAAUCUCCGCUUUAACUUCACAAAAUUGCACACCCUUGGCGACGAUCUUUUAGACUACAGACCAGAAAUCGAUGAGAAAUACUACUAUGCGAUUUAUGAGAUUGUCGUUCGAGGAUCGUGCUCGUGCUAUGGACAUGCGUCGAGAUGUAUCCCUAUCGAAGGCUCUGAUCCGAACUUCAAUCGACCGGACAUUGUGCAUGGCCGUUGCGAAUGUAUGCACAACACAGAGGGUUUGAAUUGUGAACGAUGUCGCGAUUUCUACAAUGAUAUGCCCUGGAGGCCGGCUGUUGGAACGGAAACGCAUGAGUGCAAAAGAUGCGAAUGCAAUGGUCACGCGGCUCGUUGCCAUUUCGAUCGAGGUGUCUUUGAGUCAAGUGGUCAAGUCUCGGGUGGUGUUUGUGAUGAUUGUAUGCACAAUACACAGGGAACACACUGUGAACAGUGUAAACCCUACUUUUACAGAGAUCCCCUCCGACCGAUCUACGAUCCAAACGUUUGCUUGGCAUGUCAGUGUGACAAAAUUGGAUCGCUUUAUGAUGGUAUUUGCGAGGGUGAACAGGACGAGAGUCGAGGUUUGGUGGCUGGCAAGUGCUAUUGCAAGAAGAAUGUCGACGGAUCGAGAUGUGAUCGUUGCAAGAACGGUUUCUGGAAUCUAACCGACGAGAAUCAAGACGGAUGCAUUCCGUGUAGUUGCAAUCUUCAAGGAACAUACAACAAUGAGGGAUGCGAUAAGUACACUGGGAAAUGCACUUGCAAGCGGCUCGUCACUGGAGAGAAUUGCAAUCAAUGCUUGCCAGAGCACUACGGACUUUCGGAUGAUGUGGAUGGAUGUAAAGCGUGCGAUUGUGACAUUGGUGGAUCGAUGGAUAACACUUGUGAUAUCACGACUGGACAAUGCGAGUGUCGCGAUGGAUUCUCGGGAAGGAGAUGUGAUAAAGCGGACAACUCGCGUUUCUGCGCCAACAUCGACUAUCACACGUAUGAGGCUGAAUGGGCAAAUUUGACAUAUGCUGAAAUCGAGGUGAGAGAGCGACCGGAUAAUGAGAGAGAUUUGACAUGGACUGGAGAGGGAUUCGCGAGAGUCAAUGAAAGAUCGCAGAUUGGCUUCAAGAUCACCAACUUGUACCAGAGUCAAGAGUACAAUAUUGUCAUUCGAUAUGAUGGACAAAGGGACCCUGUUGGCUGGGAAAACGUGCAAAUCACGAUCAUUCGUCCGGAUGAUCCGAACCCAGAAGGACCAUGCAAAAACGCGAAUCCAUCAGAUGAUUUCCUCAUCGCACGAUUGCAUCCUGGAGGACGAUAUGCUGAGAUCCGUCCAGCUGUUUGCUUGGAAGCCGGUGUUGACUACGAGAUUCGGGUUCAAUUCGGAGAGAAACGAACGGGAAUCGUCAAUGAUCGUUCGGCUUUCAUGUUGAUCGACUCGAUUGUGCUCGCUCCACCGACAGAGAGCCUCUCGGUUUUCUCGUCAACCCCACGCGGACAACAACACAAAACCGAAUACGAUCGUUACCAAUGCCGAAAUGUCGCUCUCUCGCUGACUCCAUUAAAGGAUUAUUCGGAGGUUUGCGCUAAAUACAUCUGUCCUGUUGCUGCGAUGGCUUUCAAUAAAUCUCUCGAUUGUGAUUGCGAUCAAACGGGAUCCGUUUCCGGUGUUUGCAAUCCACGAGGAGGACAGUGUGAAUGCAAACCGAAUGUCGUUGGAAGAAGAUGUGAUCAGUGUGCCGUCGGAACGUAUGGCUUUGGUCCAUCAGGGUGCUCGAUUUGCGCGUGUGACUCCGUGGGAUCACUUCACAAUCAAUGCGACAAGCAAUCCGGGCAAUGUCUUUGCCGUGAGAAGGGCAUCUACGGUCGUCAAUGCAAUCAGUGUCAACCCGGCUUUUGGAGUUUCCCCGAUUGUCGAGUUUGUCAAUGCAACGGUCACGCGAACAUUUGUGAUCAACAAUCGGGUGCUUGUAUUGAGUGCCGAAAUCUCACCGCUGGACAUUAUUGUGAUCGGUGUCAAGAUGGAUAUUAUGGAGAUCCGAGACUCGGUGUCGGUUUGGCCUGCAAACCUUGUCCCUGCCCUGGUGGCCCAUCGUCCGGUUAUCAACACGCGGAUACUUGCUUCUUGACUCGUGUUAAUGGAUCUCAAGAUGUUCACUGUAACUGCAAGCCUGGAUAUGUUGGAGAGAGAUGUGCUGAAUGUGCCGUCAAUCACUGGGGAAAUCCGACAGCCGUUGGAGAGGAGUGCGUCCGAUGUGAAUGCAAUGGAAAUAUCGAUAUGGGAAUCGAAGGUUCUUGCAACAAAGAGACGGGUGAAUGCUUGAAAUGUUUGUAUAACACCGAGGGAGCACAGUGUGAGAAUUGCGUGUCUGGAUAUUUUGGUGAUGCAAAGAUUCGAUCGUGUCAAAGAUGUGUGUGCAAUCACCUCGGUACCAAUGCCACAGCGGGCGCGUGUGAUCGAAUCACCGGCCAGUGCCCUUGUUACCCGAAUGUGAUCGGUGGACAGUGUGAUCAGUGCGCUGAGAAUCAUUACAAUCUCGCCAGUGGAGAGGGUUGCUCGUCGUGUGAAUGCGAUUCGAACGGAGUGAUGAUGGAUCAUACGGGAAAUCCACAAUUACAAUGCCAUCUCUUCGACGGGAAAUGCAAUUGCAAGCAAGGGAGAGGAGGAAGAACUUGCUCCGAGUGUGAAGAUCUUUUCUGGGGAGAUCCGACGAAAGCUGAUGGAUGUAAGCUGUGUGAAUGCAAUGCACAAGGAUCGGCCACUGCUCAAUGUCAUCGCAAUAAUGGGACGUGUAUCUGCUUGCCUGGAUCUGGAGGUCCUCUUUGCAACGAGUGUGCCCGUGGCUACACUGGUCAAUGGCCCUACUGUCAACCCUGUGGAGAAUGUUUCCAUCAAUGGGACGGAAUUGUGCAAGGACUUAAGUCAAAGGUGGAAACUUUGAUCAACACUGCUAACAACAUCGAGGACACUGGAGUUGCCUCAGCUUACGAUGAGAAAUUCGAGAAGAUGGAGGCUGAACUAGCGGAAACAAAGAAAAAAUUGGAAGAGGCAAAUAUUAGUCAAGAGCAUUUGGAUGAUCUUGAGAAGAAGAUUGAUCGAUUGAGAGGAUUGAUGACAAAAGCUAGAGAUCGUUUGGAUUCCGUGGAGAGCAUUGUGGUCAACGCGACACAGACCGUUGAUUUCGCUGAAGAGGAUUUGAAGAGCAUGGAGGGUGACGCCGAGCGUCUCACCGCCAAAUCGAUGGACCUCCAGGAGAAAGCGAAUAAGAUUAAAGAAGCCGAUGUACAGGGAGCUUACAAUAUCACCAAGGAGUCCGCUCAGAAAUCCCUCACCGCCCAGCGCCGAGUCGAUGCCGCGAUGAGUAAGGUUGCCGAAGCGGAGACCCAGGCCACUGCCACCGAGCAGUUGAUGGAAAAGAAUAGAGAGGACUUCGAUGAACAGUACGCGCAAAACGAGAAACAACUCCAGGAAAGCGAACAAGCUGUUAACAUACUUGAAGCUGCAUUGCCCGAGUUGAACAAACAAGUUUGUGGUGCGGCGGCGGCUCCUUGUGAUGCACUUUGUGGUGGACCAGGAGGGAAAUGCGGUGGAAUUUGUGGUGGAAAGAGUUGUAUGGAUGGAGCUGUUUCGAAAGCCGAACAGGCAAAGAGUUUCGCUAUUGAAGCUGAUUCGAAAUUAAACGACAAGCAAAAAGAAAGCGAACAGGUGUUGACUUUGGUUCGAGAUGUGCUCUCGGUGACUGAUGCGGCGAAGAGAGAAGCCGAGGAGACGCUCAGAAUCGCGAAGGAUGCUGCUAAUCGAGCCAACACUACGAAGAACGAGCUGGAUUCGAUGGUCGGCGAGAUGGAGGACUUCAUCAGUUCAAACAGAAGCUCACCGGAACAAGUACGAGCAUUGGCCGAGGAGGUGCUGAAGAUGGAAAUCAGCCUGAAACCCGAUCAAAUUGAUGAGUUGGCGAAAAAGAUCCAUGAAGCUCUCGGAAAAAUCAACAAUAUUGAGCUAAUUUUGAGAGAAACGAAAGCCGACAAACAGAAAGCGACAACACUUGAAGAGCAAGCGAGAAGGGCUGAAGAGAGAGCCAAUGUGAUCAAGAAUACAACGGAAACCGUUCGCGAGGCUCUAAAAGUGGCCGAGGAGGUGCAAAAGACCGCGCAACAAGCGAUCAAGGACGCCGAGGAGAAAAUGGAAAAGGCGAGGGAGAAUUUGGCUGCAGCCAGACAGGAGACCGAGAACGCUGAGGGAAAAGCGAAAUCCGCCAACGAGACGAUGGCCAAGAUUGAGGCUGAUUUGAAGCAAGUUCGCGUGCAAUAUCUCCAGAUCUCUGAUGACGCGAAAGCGGCGUACAACUCGGUGGAUAAAGCCCAACAAGCUGCAGCCACAGCUGAGGCGCAGAAUCGGCAAAUGAAGAACGACAUGGAAACGGCUCGCAAACUGUUGUCCGAGCGAACAGAAGGCAACGAGGCGCCACAAAAAAGAGCCGAGGACUUGAGGCAACGCGCAAGCAAAUUACUCUACAAGGCCAAGAAAUACAAUGGAGAUAUUUCAUCAUUGACGAAAGACUCAACCGAGUUGCAGUUGACCGAUUACAUGCAAACAUUGGACGCGUUGAAUAAAAGACUCGAAUCGGUUCAACGUGACAUCGACCGUCGAAUCGAUUGGUACAUCAAUUGCGAGCAGGGGCAAACGUACCACCCAGUUUAU